UUGUGUAAAUAAAGUUGAUGUAUUUGUCAAAGCUUAAACACGUCGCUUGUCAGCAAUGACAACAGUCGAUGGCUGCGAUCGACGAAAAGUUUAUGCAUUUGUUACAGCUCUUGUUAAAAAGGGAAUCAAGGUUCUGGCGCUAGACUUUGAUCUGACUCUCAUUUCCAUCCACUCUGGUGGCGUCUGGCGAGAAGGGACGGAGAAAUUGGCAUCGCACGUGCGACCGUGCAUGGCCGAUUUGAUCGAGAUCGCAGUAGACCAUGGCUUGAACGUUUGUGUUGUGACUUUCCACAGACAGUCGUGGCUAAUUAGGGAUUUGUUAAAAAUAGCCCUCUCGAAAAAGGUUGCUGGGAAGGUUCUAGUUCAGGGUAACAGCGUUGAUCUGAUGCAGAGACAGGGUGUUGAUGAGUUUAUGGGGAAGGAGGCACACCUGAUAACAGUAUUAAACGAGAUCUACACGAAACGGCACACGGUCAUCAAGCCGGAGGAGGUCAUUCUCCUUGACGACGAUGAGAAGAACGUGCACACGGCCAUCACCUUUAACCACUGGGCUGUGCUCAUACCGGAAGACGUCACUCAUGACAGUUUCGAAGGUUUUACCAGAAUGCUGCUCGUUACAUAGUUUGGUCACAGAACGCACUGAUAACCAGUUUGUGUGUUACUGUAUGUGAAAUCCUACACUGAUGAUACAAAAAGUGGAAUUUUUACCUUAUUGUGUAUAAUAAGGGGCAGAUUUAACAAGUGAUAUGAGUGUAUUACAUGCCACAAAGGACAAAGUCCUCUAAAGGUUAGAAUUGUUGAAUAUAUGAAUGCUGAUUUGAAAAUUUUUGAUGUUGUUUCAAAAGACUGAUGACAAAUUUCAAAGCUCACAUUCAACAGGAAUAUGAUUUGAAAGUAAAUAAAAAUCAUGCUAGUUCUUCUUUUUAAAAAAAAACAAACAAAAAAAUAAAACCCAUCUAUAUAUAUUCUUAGUUACUAAUAUCUAAUUUUGAAGCAACAUUACGUCUAUUAGAAAAUAUAAUUCUAUGUCCAGAUAAUAAUUAUAUUAUUUAAACUCAUUUUAGUAAUCAAAUUUUGAAUUAGUCAAUUUAAUAAACUUUUAAUUAGUUUCAUCAUGUUUUUUAAAGAUUGGUUUUUAAAAAUGGUUCACAUGGGGCUGGGGUGGUGGGAGCAAUUUAUAUUUAAUAAUACCUAUAAAAUAUAUUUGUAACCCAAGUACAGGUACAACAUACAUGUUUAUACAUGUAUGCAUGUGAAAAAAAUGUAUGGCAGACCCACCAGGCAUAAAGUAAUAAUUGCAGUGAUCCUGCCCACCCCCACACAAUCAGGUGUGGAACAUCCCUAAUAAAACCUGCCGUGAUCCUGCCCACCCCCACACAAUCAGUUGUGGAACAUCCCUGACAAAACCUGAAGUGAUCCUGCCCACCCCACACAAUCAGUUGUGGAACAUCCCUGACAAAACCUGCAGUGAUCCUGCCCACCCCCACACAAUCAGUUGUGGAACAUCCCUAACAAAACCUGCAGUGAUCCUGCCCACCCCACACAAUCAGUUGUGGAACAUCCCUGACAAAACCUGAAAUUGGUUACAAAUUCUAUUCUCUUUUUUAAUCAUGCUACAUGUAUUUGUUGCCCAGCUUAAGGCUAAGACUUGUUCUUAUUUUCACUGUUUAUUAAACAUUACCUAAUAACAUUAAAAAAAGUGUGCUUCCAUUUAUUAUUGUAAUAAUGAAUUGUUUUAUCUAAUUUCAGUAUAAUGUUUUUUGUUGUUUUUUAAUUUUAUAUUAUUCAUAAAUACAUUGGAGCUUUAAAUGUACUUCAUUUAAAGGAGACCGACUUAAUUUUUUUUUGUCAUGUUUAAUUUUUUCCAUUAAAUGUAUGUAUACAAAUAUAGUAAAGCUAUUGCUUAAAUACCAGUACCGUAAUUGCAUGAUAUAAAUAUAUUUGAAUGCUAAUUUGAAAAUAUUAAAUAAAUAUGUCAUGACAACAGAUUUCUUUUCUAAAAAAAAACCCUACCAUUAUACUUGAAAUCUUGGGGAAAAGAAUUACAACUGAUAUACAUGUAAACAUAUCAGGCUUUUUGCCAGAAAACAAUUUGAGCCAAAACAAAACCGAUCAUAAGUGCCCCAUCUAUUAUAUAGGUGGUUAUGGGUUCAAAUCUUUUGAAAUUGGACACUGCAUUUCAUGAACUUUGAAAAUCUUUUAAACAGCAGUUUUCUCACUAUAAUCUUUCUAAAAAUUACAAAAAUGUAUCCAUCAAUUUCCAAGAUUUUUAAGGUACAUACUGUUGAUACCCUCUGGCAGAAAUACUGCAUACGUUUUGACAUUUUUCACUAACUGACAUUUUGAUCUAUUUAAUGUUAACUGAAUUCAACUGAGUUAAUUAACUUUUUUAUAAAUAAAUUUAAUGUUUUGGAGCGAGGUACUUGAAAUACCUGUUCAUUAUUUUGUACUACAGGGUACCUGUAAAUGUCUUCUGGUAAUAAAAACUUCUUUUUUUUAAUAACAUUGUGUGAAUUUAAUCAAAUAAAAUUUACAUUGAUUGUGUCGUGAUAAAAGUAUUAUAAUUAUUAUGUUGUCCAGAAAAACUAGUCAUAAAGUGUACAGGUAAUAUUAAUAAGCCACCUAAAACCAACCAUCAAGCAAACAAAUCUUACUUGGUCUUCCUCACUGUCGAUGUUGGAACCAAUUUUUUUUUUAAUCUGUCCAUAAUAAUUUUAUGCAUUGGUGAUGUUUAUGUAUUAAAAGAUUACAGUUGUCUGUCAGAAGUGUCUACUAUGUUUGUACAGUCUUCUAACUAUGCGUGUUUCAUUUGGUUAAUGCUUUAAAACAUCAAUGGUGUAAGUUGUUUUUGUUGCACAUACAUUUCAAUUGUCAAUCAUGAAAGUUUGGAAAGACAUAGAACUUGUAAAACAUG